AUGACGCCACCCAAGGUCGAUAUUGACCAUAUCUUGGGAAACUUAACCCUGAAUGAAAAGAUCUCUCUCCUCGCUGGAGAAAGCGACUGGCAAACCGUGGGAAUCCCUUCCAAAGGUGUUCCAGCCGUCAAGGUCUCAGAUGGCCCCAAUGGAGCACGCGGAGCCUCAUUUGUGGACUCUACGACAGCAGCAUGCUUUCCCGCGGCAUGCUGCAUCGCCGCAACAUUCGACUCUGAUCUCGCAAGAGAUAUUGGCGAGGCCAUAGCUGAAGAAACUCGCUCCAAAGGCGCCAGGUGCUUGCUAGGACCGACUGUGUGCAUCCAUCGCCAUCCGCUGGGUGGCCGCAACUUUGAGUCCUUCUCUGAGGAUCCCUUUCUCUCGGGGAAACUCGCUGCUCAAUACAUCAACGGGCUCCAAUCCCAAGGUGUGUCAGCUACAAUCAAGCAUUUUGCGGCCAAUGAACAAGAAACCCAGCGUCUUACUGUCGAUACUCUGGUUGGGGAGCGUGCAUUGCGGGAAAUCUAUCUUCGACCAUUUGAGAUUGCAGUCAAGGAGGCCAAUCCGUGGGCCAUCAUGACGUCUUACAAUCUACUAAACGGUGAACAUGCCGACUCCAACAAGUACUUACUCCAACAGGUUCUCCGGGACGAUUGGGGCUGGGAAGGGCUUGUGGUUAGCGACUGGGGCGGCACAAACUCGACUGCAGACGCCCUUAACGCCGGGCUCGACUUGGAAAUGCCUGGUCCAACAAGAUGGCGAAAGCAAGAGGCCGUUCUUGAAGCGAUAAAGGCCGGACAGCUUACACAAGGGACUAUUGACCAGCGGGUGAAGCAGCUGUUGGCCUUCCUAGAACGGCUGGGAUGUUUCCAUGACCCUCGUAUCCCGGACGAGCAGGCUAUCAACAACCCGAGACACCAGUCACUUAUUCGCGAUGUGGGUUCUCGCGGUCUCGUCCUCUUAAAGAACGACACAAACAUCCUACCGCUUAGGGCAACCGAAUUGGACGGCAAGAAGAUCGCUUUGCUCGGAUACGCAAAGACGGCACUGGCUCAUGGGGGUGGCAGUGCCUCGGUCGUUGCUCAUUACAAGGUUACUCCUUGGGAAGCCUUGAAGAACGCACUCGGCGACCAAGUUGAACUUUCUUACGCAAAAGGUGCCGACACGCUUCGAUACUUACCUCCAAUCACUACAGGUGUCCUUGACUUGGAUGGCAAUCCCGGCUUCACGUACAAAAGAUACGAGCCCAACAAUCCUGUUCCGGUCGAGAUCAAGCAAAUGCACCCUGACUCGUUUGUCUCUGUCUUUGCCUCGGUCGGUUUUAGAGACUGUGACGUCAGCUUCGAAGGUCUAUUUGAGGUCCACGAGACAGGGGAAUACUACUUCUCGUGUGCAGGACUUGGGCCUAGUAAGCUCUUGAUUGAUGGUGAACUUGUUGAGGAGCAAACCGACAAUUAUCCAGAUGCCAUGGGUUUUAUGUUUGGCGGCGCGUUUUCAACCCAGAUCAAAGUCCAUCUGGAUGCCGGCAGAAAGUACAAGAUUUUGGCACAUACCUCUCCGCCAACCCCCAAAGAGGGCGAGGUUGAGGACAUGGGUCUUCUGGAGGGACACGUUGGUCUGCAGGUUGGUUUCACGCCUGCUCCCCAGCUCGAUCGGGACUAUACAGCCGAGGCAGUGCGCCUCGCCCAGGAGGCCGACAUGGCCAUCGUCUUCACUGGGCAUGAGCCGGUAUGGGAGACUGAGGGCAAAGACCAGGUCAGCUUCCACCUUCCUAAAGAUGGGAGCCAGGACUGCUUUAUUUCCGCCGUGGCCGACGUCAAUCCUAAUGUUAUCGUUGUGAACUCUACAGGAGUUCCCAUCGCCAUGCCGUGGCUUGUCAAGAUUAAGGCCCUCGUCCAGUCGUGGUACCCUGGCCAAGAGUGUGGCAAUGCGAUUGCCGAUAUCCUUACGGGAAGAACUACCCCAGAAGGCCACCUACCUUGCACAUUCCCUCGCGAUAUCCGCGAUUGUCCCGCUUAUGGAAACUUUCCCGGCCAGCAGUCAGUGAACAAGAAGUUGACAGUCACAUACCAAGAAGGCGUCUUUGUUGGAUAUCGCCACUUCGAUCUCCUCGCUCAAGAAAAGGUCAACUUCCCUUUUGGCUUCGGACUAUCCUAUACAUCCUUUGACUUCCAAGACUUCAGCGUACAAAAGGUCGGCAGCAGCACACUCGAUGUAAGAGUUCAAGUGACCAACACUGGCGCUGUGGCUGGUGGAAUUGCUGUACAAAUUUACGUUGGCAAGGAGAAGGCACCAAACACGGAGCCAAAGAAGCAACUUGCCGGUUUCAAAAAGGUUCGACUCCAGGCGCAAGAGUCGCACGCGGUACGGAUUCUUAUUGAAGACCGAGACUUUGCCACCUAUGAUGAGGUGGAACGUGGUUGGGCGGUGCAGGGAGGAAUUUACCGUUUCAUGCUUGGGAAAUCAGCACAGGAUAUUGUCGCUGAGGUGAAAGUGCCCAUAGAAAACAAGAUAUACAGCCGCCAUCUUGGGUAG